ACUGUCAUAGUGGUCAUUGUUCCCCCUCUGACAGACCACAGACGUACGCCUGCCGACAAGUAUAUUCAAUUUAUAACGUUAAGUUAAGUGGAAGCAGUUGUAAAACAAACUUUUUUUAUAUAAAACCUGAUUUAUACAAGUUACAUACAUGGGUCCCCUAUUUGGAAAUAAUCCUUCGCGAAAUGCGUCCAAAAAUUUGGUUGAAUUUAAAGCAGGAAAAAUGACUAUGAAAGGGAAAAUGGUUUAUCCAGAUACACGAAAGGGACAGAUUUAUGUUAACCAUUCUGACGAUCAAUUAAUGCAUUUUUAUUGGAAAGAUCGUACAACAGGAAUCGUAGAAGAUGAUCUCAUUAUUUUCCCAGAUGACUGUGAAUUUAAGCAUGUUCCAGCGUGUAAAACUGGUAGAGUAUAUCUGUUGAGAUUCAAGUCAUCAAGUAGAAAGUUUUUCUUUUGGCUACAGGAUUUAAAGACUGACAAGGAUGAAGAAUAUUGUAGAAAAAUUAAUGAAGUUUUAAAUCACCCACCUUUACCUGUGUCUCAAAGGAGUGGCAAUACGAAUCCAGAUGGGGAUUUUCAUAAUUUGUUAAAUAACAUGUCUCAACAACAAUUAAUGCAAUUGUUCGGUGGUGUAGGACAAAUUGGUCUUGGUAGCUUAUUGGGAACAAUGAGCAGACCUCAUGGUAGUAUCCAAAGUACUAGAGCAUCUACUACAACUGCUUCAUCACCAGUUACAACAAGCGUUGCAAGGCCACCAGUGUCCCAAACUCCAGCACCUUCUACCGUCACUGAAACUACUAAAUCUUCCAGUAAUAGUAAGUCAUCACCAAGAACAACAGCACCAUCUACACCUGUGACUACUUCAGCUUCUAAUAAUAGAAUUCAAUUGAGCGAUUUACAAAGUUUCCUCUCAGAAAUUCCAACACCUGCUGGAGCAGAAGCUGUUGUUCAGCAGAGGGGCAUAGCGACAGAGCUGACGAAUGCCAUCCCAACAACGAUUACAUCAACGGAAAGUCUGGAACGUGCUAUUUCCACGCAUUUACCACCUGGAGACAACCUGUGUACAACGCUAUCAUCUCCCCAGUUCUCCCAGGCGCUAUCAAUGUUCUGGUCUGCUUUGCAGUCGGGCCAGGCGGGCCCAGUCAUCCGUCAAUUUGGCUUGGGAACUGAUGCAAUCAAUGCAGCCGCCAGUGGUAACAUCGAAGAGUUCGUCACCGCUUUGGAGUCGGAAGCUAAGAGUGGACAAGGACAAGCACAACAGGGACAAGAUGAGAAGAAACGAUCCCCAGGCGAUAGUCCUGGCAAAAAGGAAGAUGAUGACGACGGCAUGCCUUUGGAUUAAGCAAUAAACCAUUAUUUCUGUCGAAUUUUUUUGUUCUCAACUUUCUUCUCGUGAUUCAGAAAUUCGAUAUAUGUUGUGUAUUAGUCGAGAUUAUGUACAAUAAACGUUACUUCUACGAUAAAAUUCUAUUACA